AUGCGCCGCCGAGGGAAUGAGACGCGGCGCAGCUGGCCCCCAGCCCUCGAGUCCAGCGGCGGGCGGCCAGGCAAGCGGAGCCGGCGGCUGGCUAUGGGGCAGCCAUCCAGCCCUGGGAGCAGAAGAGCCACCGGUCAGAGGACGCUGCCGAACGUGUUCAUUUUCCUGCUUUUCUUGGAACCUUUUAACUGCUUCGCAAGCUACAGUCGUGCCAGCGAACUCUUCUACAGCAUCAAUGAAGGACUCCCUGCUGGAUUCCUCAUUGGGAAUCUGGCCCAGGAUUUACAGCUCGUGGGGACUGCAGAAGGAGAAGGAAAGGGAGGACUGGUGAGGAAGCAGGAGACCGACCAAUGGGGGAAAAGUCCUCUUUCCUUCAGCUUUGCCUCCCAAGGACUGGGGAGCCAAUACAUCAACCUGGACAAUCAGACCGGUAUCCUGUGCACCUCAGCUCAGGAAAUUGACCGAGAAACCCUCUGCUUGGAGGAUAAUGUUGACUCCACUGUGGUCUCGUCCUCGUCGUCUUCUCCACUUCCAUCCUUGGAGUCAUGCUUGCUCUUGCUAGAUGUUCUGGUGUUGCCCCAGGAGUAUUUCCGUCUGGUCAAGGUGAAGAUUGCCAUCCAUGACAUCAAUGAUAAUGCACCUUGGUUCCCUGCGCCGCAGAUUCACCUCUCUGUGCCUGAAAAUUCGCCCAUCAAUACGCGGUUAGCUAUAGAGCAUCCCGCUGUGGACCCAGAUAUGGGGACUAACGGGGUGCAGACAUACCAGCUCCAAGAAGAUUAUGGGGUUUUUACAUUGGACGUGGAGGAGAAUGAAAGCGGAGAAAGAACACCUUAUCUUAUUGUCAUGGGGGCCCUGGACAGGGAGUCCACCGACCAAUAUGUUACUCUUAUAAUUGCAGAGGAUGGUGGAAUUCCGCCUCUGGUGGGCAGUGCCACCCUCACCAUUGGUAUCAGUGACAUUAAUGACAACUGUCCCCAGUUCAAUGAGACUCAAAUCAGUGUCACCAUCUUUGGAAACUCUAGCAUUGGCUUGCACAUCGCUUCGGUCCACGCUGUGGAUAUUGAUCACGGAAUCAAUGCCGAGAUCACCUAUUCCUACAGCCAGAAAGUUCCUUUUCUAUCCCGCACCCUCUUCCGUCUUAACGAAAGCACGGGGGUGAUUAAAUUGUUCAAGAGGAUUAACGGGGAUACACCUCUUCUGCAUCGGCUGAGUGUGUUGGCCAAUGGUCCCGGUUGCAUCCCAGCGGUGAUCACCGUGUUGGUAUCCAUUGUCAAAGUCACCAUGAGACCUCCUGAAGUCCUCCCUCGUUAUAUAGCUAACGAAGCCGAAGGGGUGGUUUACUUGAGGGAGUUGGAGCCCAUCCAUACCCCCAUUGCUUUUUUUACCAUUAAGGACCCCGAUGAAAAAUAUAAAGUCGACUGCUACUUGGAGGGGGAUGGCCCUUUCCAGUUGACCCCUUACCAACCUUAUCGCAACGAGUAUCUCUUGGAGACUACCAAGGCCUUGGAUUACGAAGUUCAGCAGUUGUACGAGAUCUCAGUGGUUGCGUGGAAUACAGAGGGGUUUCAUGUCAAUAAAAUCAUCAAAGUGCAGGUUCUGGAUGAUAACGACAACUCUCCCGUUUUCUCAGAAGCCUUGGUAGAAUUAUCGAUCGAGGAAAACAAUGCCCCCAAUGCAUUUUUGACCAAACUGCAUGCCACGGAUGCCGACAGCGGAGAACGAGGCCAAGUGUCCUACUUCCUUGGGCCCGAGGCACCUUCCUAUUUUUCCUUAGACAAAGUGACGGGGAUCCUUACCGUUUCUACCCAGCUGGACAGAGAAGAACGAGAGAAAUACCGCUACACUGUCAGAGCCGUGGAUUCUGGCAUGCCCCCGCGAGAAUCCAUCGCCACCGUGACCCUCUCUGUGUUGGAUAAAAAUGACAACAGCCCCAGAUUUAUCAACAAGGAUUUCAGUUUCUUCGUACCGGAGAAUUUCCCGGGCUUCGGGGAAAUUGGAGUUAUAAGCGUCACCGAUGCAGAUAUCGGGCAAAAUGGAUGGGUGGCCCUUUCUGUGGUCAACAGAAGUGAUAUUUUUGUGAUUGACACUGGCAAAGGUGUCUUAAGAGCCAAGGUCUCGCUAGACAGGGAACAGCAGAGCUCCUACGUCUUGUGGGUUGAAGCCGUGGAUGGGGGAGACCCCCCGUUGUCCUCGACGGCUAAAAUCACCGUCCUUUUACUAGACAUAAAUGAUAACCCCCCCUUGGUUUUGUUCCCCCAGUCUAACAUGUCUUACCUUCUAGUGCUUCCUUCUACAUUGCCUGGUUCGCCUAUCACAGAGGUCUACGCUAUCGACAACGACACCGGCAUGAAUGCCGUCAUCGCCUACAGCAUUAUCGGGAGAAGAGGCCCUCGGCCAGAGUCCUUCAAGAUCGACCCCAAAACGGGCAACAUCACCUUGGAAGAGUCGCUCAUGCAGAACGACUACGGCCUGCAUCGCCUCCUGGUGAAAGUUAGCGACCACGGCUAUCCGGAGCCUCUGCAUUCCACCGUCAUGGUGAACCUCUUCGUCAACGACACCGUGAGCAACGAGAGCUACAUCGAGAGCCUUCUGAGGAGAGAGUCCGACAUCAACAUUGAGGAGAAGGAACCCCAAAUCUCCAUAGAGCCCACCCACAGGAGAGCAGAGGCCGUAUCCUGCAUGCCUACUCUGGUGACCCUCUCCAUCAUCAGCUUGAGUUCCAUCAGCCUGGUGACAGGCAUGGGGAUUUAUAUUUGCCUCAGGAAGGGGAAAAAAUACCACAGAGGGGACGAGGGUUUGGAAGUUCAAAUCCCAUUAAAUGGGAGAAUUGACCUGCAUCGGCUGGAGAAGAAACCGGUGGAAAUUUCCAAUAUCUGA